UAGCCCAGCCAAUGACAGACAGGGGGCGUGGCGAUCCCGCCUCCUGCCAUAAGAAAUCGCCGGGUUCCGAGACUUGCACGAAAGUCUGCGAACCCUCCGCACUAGCGGCGAUUGCUUCUCUCGCGGCCAGUCCCUACAGCCCGUGGGGCAGCUCAGGAGAGAGGAGAUCCGGGAGACCCCGGGGGAAGCGGUGGACGAAUCCGAUUGGGUCUUCCUUUGCCUGGCUGAAUUACAGGGACGCCAAGGUGCUCGGGUCUCCCACCCAAGAGGAGCUGCUGGCCGGGACCCCGGGCGCUCGCUGACAAUCCGCCCGCUGCCAUGGCCGACCACCUGAUGCUCGCCGAGAGCUACUGCCUGCUGCAGGUGCCGCCGCACGCCCACGGCCCGCACGCGCCCCGGACUGUGCAGCCGUACGCAGGCCAGGGCAUGGACAGUGGUCUGCGGCCGCGGGGGGCUCCUCUGGGACCGCCGCCGCCACCCGGGUCCCUGGCCUACGGCUCCUUCGGGUCUCCGGUCUCCUUCCAGCCCUUCCCCGUCGCGCAGCCGCCGAGCGCCGGCAGCGCGCACCUGCAGCCUGCAGCCACGCCGUCCCCGGGCCGCAUCCCGGCGCCCCCGGGAGCCGCCGGAGGCCCUUCACCUCUGCAGCCGGCGCCCGGAGCAGCGUCAGCGCCGCCGCCGCCCCCCGCCCUGGGCUGCAUGGACGCGGAGCUCAUCGACGAGGAAGCGCUGACGUCGCUGGAGCUCGAGCUUGGGCUGCACCGCGUGCGCGAGCUGCCCGAGCUCUUCCUGGGCCAGAGCGAGUUCGACUGCUUCUCGGACCUGGGGUCCGCGCCGCCCGCCGGCUCGGUGAGCUGCUGAGAGCGGCCGCCUAGGGUCGCUAAACUCUGCGUCCGGCGGCCCGGCCCGCACACAUCCUCCGUGAGGGUGGAGGCGCCGGGGUUACGCGCCGAGACGACUCCGGCCCGCCGUGGUUGCCUGCCUUGCCUGCAGGCCCGCCUCCUGCUGUGUGACAGCUGCGUCUUGCUUCUCUUACCCAAGCCUCAGCGGUCAAAUGGAGGGGACUGAACCAGCCUUCGGAUUCCACGUUCUUGAAUUCUGUGCUCUCCUUCCCGCCCCCUCCUCCCAAUCUGAGCCAUUGCAGGCCUCUGCCUGACCUUCCUUCUUGUGCAGCCCACUAACCGGGUCUCCAGAGCCAUCUCCCUGAUUCUCUAUCUUCCCUGGGCCUCUGGCCUGCGGGGGGCGGGGGGGGGGAAGGGAAGGUUUUACACCUAAGUGCUGCAGAGUGAAACGAUGCUCUCAGUGUCCUCUAAAACCAAAAUAAAACUGGGUUGCUUUA